CCCAAGUCCCAAGUCCCCAUGUCCGAAGUUCUUGCAAGAUCAAGUUUGCGCCGUUCCAAUCUCGCUUCACUUACGUCGAUGUAACAAUAACAAACACGGUUUUUCCUGCAGCCAUCACGUCCUCAUUUGUUGUUUACAGGUUCACGUUCAGCCAUCACCAACUGCCGGCGCCCAUCAGACGACAAGGUCACACCACCCCUGAGCACACGCUCUUCCUGAACACGGCGAACACCGGUCAAGUCCAACGGUCUCGAGAUAUUGUUAUCCUCCGGCUCAGAACCAUGAACAAGCAGAGCGCCUGCUCGCUGCCCUAGACUUCCAGACGAUCAGAGGGCCGUCAUUUCAACAAUGGCCUUCAACUUCAACUGGUCGCCGUUGUCUACCGACGCUGGCUUCCUCCCGCGAGCGCAAGAACUCCUCACAAAUGCCCUCAACCGAGCCGAUCCCAAGCCUGCCAUCAUCGUCGAUGAUAUCGUGGUCAACGAGUUGAAUCUGGGCGACGUGCCGCCCGAGUUGGAAAUCUUGGAGAUUGGUGACCUGGCCGAGGAUAGAUUUCGGGGCACGUUCAAGAUGAUGUACAAAGGAAAUGCAUAUCUCACGCUCAAGACAAAAGUGCAAGCGAAUCCACUGAACACCUACCUCCGGACGCGCUCGGCCUUUGCAUCACCACAACCUCUGGCCGCGGACACCGGCUUGACAAUCCCUCUGCAAAUCACCCUGUCUGAGUUUCGAUUGUCUGGCUUUAUCAUCCUCGUCUUCUCCAGACAGAAAGGCUUGACCUUGGUCUUUCGCAAUGAUCCGUUGGAAUCGCUCCGCGUUUCCUCCACUUUCGACUCGAUCCCCUUCGUUGCCAACUUCUUGCAGAAAGAGAUUGAAACUCAAUUGCGUGGGCUGCUGAUGGACGAGCUGCCAGCCAUUAUCCACAGAUUGUCUCUGCGGCUGUGGGUACCUGAACACAACGCCCAGGAGGAACGUGACCUAGGCACAGCUCCGACUUCGAAAGAUGAGGUGGUGGUUGAUCCUUUAGCCAGCCCUCCUCAAGACCCUGUCGAUAGCACCGGUGCAGUCUUGACGCCAGCCGAGGUUGCGUCUCUUUCACUCGAUUCGUCGGUAGAGACUCAAUCGCUGUUUUCCAGGAAGAACUUGAUCAGACUCGCGACGUUGACGGACUCGCACCGUACUCUGUCUCUGUUUACACCCUCCAUCCGAGAUACUGUCUUCCGGGCAUGGACUGGUCCACUUGAGCGUGGAGAGAUGACAGGCUCUCAGACUCAUACACGAGCAUCAACUCCGGCUUUGUCGAGAUCGCACUCCUAUGCCGGAAGUCUUAGCACUGCCACGGCCUACACUUUCGACAGCUCACUCACACGACCUACCCUGCAGAGCUUUGCGUCUUCUGGUCAUGGGCUGAGCUUGUCCAGCGGACGCCAUGGGCAAGGACAUCGACGCAGGAGGAAGAAGCGGGUGGUGGAUCUACGAGCACACCCAGAAACAGGAGAACCAGAGUCCUUUACAGAGUCUGGUUCGAAUGCCGACACCGAAAGUGUUACAGAGAGCACUUCGACAAAUGCGCCUUCUGUCUUCUCGGCCCCUGCAGCUACAAUGUCGUCUGAUCCAACACGAGGUCUAGGUGUUGUAACGCCGCCAAUCAGUCCAGUGGUCCCCCGACGGCCAGAUAUGCCUGGAAGUGUACCACAUCGGAGCACUGCUGCUGUACGCAGUGUCAGCGAAGGAAUUCCAGGGCCUACGAUAGCUACUCAAGCUGACGAGCGCACAUUGGACGUGGAGGAGACACCCAACGUACGCGAUCCAAAUGCAACAAUUCGAGCCGGAAGCCGAAGAAUGAUUCCUACAACUUUCGACGAGGACGAAACUCCGCGAGCUUCGAUGUAUCUGCCCGGACAGGAUUCUGUACCUCCACAACGCAUGAAUGCGCCUCUCCCUAUGUCUGCUGAGAAAGACGGUUUCCAUCCCGAAGCUGGACCAUCCCGAUCACCACUUCCGAACUUCCUUCAAUUUGUGGCAGAUCCAGGUAAUGCUGGCAGUAUCGUCGAGCGGGCCUGGAUGAUGAAAAUGGCCGCUGAGAUGGCUCGCAGAUACGAAGAGGAGCGACUCAAGGGCAGCUUUGCGCCCAUGUCUCCACGCGAGGAGGAACGACCACCGCCUCCGGCCUAUGCACGAUGAUUUUCGACUUGUGGCUAUGGCGUACGCGGUUUGUGCGGGUAAUGUACCAAAAUUUUCUCACGGAUGAUGAUGCUAUGAUAUGAAUGUAAUGUCUAUAGAUGCGGCGCCUUAUGCCUCCAUUCGCAUCCAUCCUUAGAGAGUGCGCUUGGUCGUGGUCUUAAUACCAAUCUUCUCUACGAGGCGCACGUCCUUCCUAUUCUUGUGUACUGCAAUGCUCUACAUGCUAGCAUAAUACUGGCUACGAAACUGC